AGCCAAAGCUGACCAUGAGCUCCGCCGCGCCGCCGAUGCGGAAUCGCGGAUGCGGUCCACCCGCAGAUCUCCGACCAUCAGCCCAACCCACGGUUUCCCCGCCCUCCACACCCCAACCUCGUCCGCUCCGUCGCCGACGACGACUGCCUCCUACCCCAUGUAUAUAACCCCCGCCACUCCUCUCGAUGUUGAGGUAAAUCGAGUGAGUCCGCAAGUCGUUCGCGAUUCUUGAUCGAGAUCUGUCAGGGUGAUAAAGGUUUAGAACGGUGCUGAGUUUGUUAAUCUUGGGAGAAAAGGGAAACUGCUCUCGAGUAUGGAGAUGGUGUUGCCAGUCGCGAACGCGACUGCUGCAGCACUUGCGCGGGUUUCUGCUAUGUUCAAUGCCCCGCUUGCUCGUGCUGUUGUCUUUGGGAUUCAUAUCGAUGGGCACUUGGUCGUCGAAGGGCUUCUCAUUGCCGCAAUACUCUUCCAGCUCUCCAGGAAGAGCUACAAGCCUCCAAAGAAGCCACUCACUGAGAGGGAGGUUGAUGAGCUCUGUGAUGAGUGGCAACCAGAGCCUCUCUGCCCACCCAUCAAGGAGGGAGCUCGGAUUGAGGCUCCUACAUUAGAAAGUGCUGCUGGACCGCAUACAAUUGUUGAUGGAAAAGAAGUUGUAAACUUUGCGUCAGCAAACUACCUUGGUUUGAUUGGCAAUGAAAAGAUACUCGAUUCCUGUAUUGGUUCGGUGGAGAAAUAUGGCGUUGGAUCAUGCGGACCUCGUGGCUUUUAUGGAACGAUUGAUGUUCACCUUGACUGUGAGACUAAAAUUGCAAAGUUCCUGGGAACGCAAGAUUCAAUCUUGUACUCCUAUGGGAUAUCAACCAUCUUCAGUGUGAUUCCUGCCUUUUGUAAGAAAGGAGAUAUAAUUGUAGCUGAUGAGGGUGUUCAUUGGGCAGUACAAAAUGGUUUGCAGCUUUCAAGAAGCACUGUUGUUUAUUUCAAGCACAAUGACAUGGCUUCACUUGCGAGCACUCUGGAAAAACUAACUCAUGGAAACAAACGUACAGAAAAGAUUAGGCGCUAUAUUGUUGUGGAAGCUAUUUACCAGAAUUCUGGCCAAAUUGCACCCUUGGAUGAGAUAGUUCGAUUGAAGGAGAAAUACCGGUUUCGUGUUAUUUUGGAGGAGAGUCAUUCUUUUGGCGUUCUUGGCAAGUCUGGACGUGGCCUUGCUGAACAUUAUGGAGUUCCUAUUGAAAAAAUAGACAUUAUCACUGCUGGAAUGGGAAAUGCAUUAGCUACUGAUGGUGGUUUCUGUACAGGAAGUAUCAGAGUGGUUGAUCAUCAGCGUCUAAGCAGCUCCGGUUAUGUUUUCUCUGCCUCGUUACCACCAUAUCUUGCUAGUGCAGCAAUUUCUGCUGUGGACCACCUGGAGGAGAACCCAUCGGUUCUUGCCAAUCUAAGAUCAAACAUCACUCUUCUGCAUAAAGAGUUGUCAGAUGUACAGGGGCUUGAAAUUGCUAGUAAUAUAUUGUCACCUAUUGUCUUCCUCAAAUUGAAGACAUCAACAGGUUCUGCUGUUGCUGACCUGGAGCUCCUUGAGGUUAUUUCAGAGAAGGUAUUGAAGGAAGAUUCAGUCUUCAUUGCAGCGACGAAACGAUCGAGUUUGGACAAGUGUCGUCUUCCGGUUGGAAUCCGCCUAUUCGUAUCAGCUGGUCACACUGAAUCUGAUAUCCUCAAAGUAUCUGAAUCCCUGAAAAGGGUUGCAGCAUCAGUGCUCUAGUGACAAACUGACAACCUUGCAUCUGGCAUGAUGUGUUCUACAGUUACGUACAAAUCUGUAUGCUCGUUGAUCUGGCUCAAUUUGCUGUCGUGUCUAGCAGAAUUACAAAUAAAAUUUUGUAAAACAGUUUGAAUUAAAAUAUCUGGUAGUUUUGUUCUUCUAUAGUCUCUGUACAUCGGCUGAUUCUUCAACAGUCUGUCAGUUCUGGCAUUGUUAGCACAUUGGUCAACAACUCAACAUAUGCAAUUCAUUAAUUAA